AGUGGGAUCUGCAGCGGUGAUGUCGGCGAAGGAAGACAACCGGAUUUUUGUGGGGGGCUUGUCGAGGGAUACCACGGAGCGCCGGCUGGAGGCGGAGUUCAGCCGGUUCGGGAAGGUCAUCGAGGCCCAAGUGCAUUUACAAGACAGCCAAUUAUCUUAGUUUCUUGUGUUUGCUGGCAUGAGGAUAAGUUUGUUUGUUUUUGUCUGGUUGAAUGGUUUGAUGGAGAUGACUUCCUGGUGUAAAUCUCUCAGUGGGAGCUUGCUUUGUUAUUUUUUGGCUGAUGUGGUGCUCUCACAGUUGGCCUUUGAAAACUUAACUAGCACAUUCGACUCUUCAGUCACCUCAAAGAUGCAUCUUUGGCUCUGUUUAUUUUUGAUUGCUGCUUAUGGGUCUCAAUGUUAUGAACCAGUUUUCAGGGACGAAUCAUGUUUGUGAUGCAUGCAUAAUAUUCAGUACACUGUUGCAGAUCAUAGCACUUUUAAAUUUCUGUCCAGUUGAUUUGCAUGGCUGACAAUAAAAGGCUUCCAAAGGCUUGAUUUUUAGUUUCGUGUUCACCUAAACAAACACUUUGAGAUCAAAAGAGAAGGAUACCAUAUUGAUCAUUGAGUUAUUAUCCUCUGAUGGCAUGCACCAUAAGAGAAUGUUGACCUGACUCGAGUGUUUAAUCCUGGAUUUGACUUGUUGCCUUGUUAGCUUAGGGUAAAGUUCAUUCUUUCUGCUGAGAAAUCCUCUGAAGUGUGUUUUAUUGUUGAUUUUGCAAUGUCUGAAUUGGCUGAAUGAUUUGGCUUCUCUAAGGGAUGCUCUAAAUGUCUUUUGACUGAUCCAUUAAUCCAAUUCACAAUCCCAGUGCUUCUAGUUCAUUGAGCUCUGUGUUCAGUCAGAUUUUGAAUAUUUGUGACCCUUCAGCUAGCAGGAGCUUCUCAUACCACUUAUCUACUGAUAUUAACGUCUUUCCCCCACUUACAUCUCCAUUUAAAAAGUUCAAUCCCAAUAUUUGAGGUUUUGAGGUGUUACACUAAUGAAGAUGGUUCUCCAAAAGGCUUUCCUCUAGAUGUGCCUUAACUCGAUCCUCUAUCUAACAUUAGCUUGAAGUUCUCAUCUAAGAUUAAAUAUAGUCAAGUGAGAAUGGAAAUUAAAAAGGAGGGCAAUUUGCAAGUAAAAUUCUACUUGGUAACAUCUCCAAACCAUUCAACAGGAAAAUGAUGGAAAUGCCAUUGAAGCUGGAUAAGAGUAGAAAUGGGAAAUGCCUUUUGAUAUUGGUUGAUUGAUUCCUUAAUGAAUUGGAUCAUUGCCUGUAAUUUGGCUUUAAAAGGGACCAAGUGACCAGAAACAACAACAAAAUCAGUGAAGGUUGCUAAUUGACAGCUGUUGAAUCAUACAAUUUGCCAGAAAAAGAAUCUGUUGGCAUUUUUAGUAUAGAUUUUGCUUUAUGAAUCUCAGGACUAUUAUAUCAUUAUUACCAAAGCAGGAAGUAUUAUUGCUCAGUGCUAUCCUUAGCUUGAUUCCCUUUUAUCUGUUGAACCAAUUGCACUUAUAAAAUUUCUCUGUACCUUUUCCUUAAACUGUUGGCCUUGUAGCUGCUGUUAAUGUCUUUCCAAGUGUAAUAUAUGGUUAAUUUAGUUCAGGUUUUUCACCAGAUACAUGUAGUUAGAUGCUCAUUUUGGAGUUCUCUGAAGUUUUUCUUCACAGAGAUCAGUAAUGAUUGAUAUGGAAUAUCAGAGUGAUUAGCACUAGCAUAGUAUUAACAUGUAGCUUGCUGUUUCCUUGAUUAUCGUGGUGUCAUAGUGAUCCUUGGAUACAGAAGUUGCUUUUUGGACUGGUUAUUAUUACUGGAAUAAUCCCAAUUCAAGGUUCUUCCUAGCCUUUGCAGAGGUCUAAAUGUGGUUCCAGGACUGCUUGACUUUUCAUGCACUAGCUAGAUUGAUUCUCGUCAGUUGCGGUCACUCUACUAUUGCCUUUGAGCUUAAGACUUCAACUAUCAUGCAUUCUGUGAAAUUUUGGUAGCUGUCCCAGUGUUUUGUUUAUUUGGCUAUGUAGGAAGAUCUGACUGAUGUGAAGGUGUUCAAAGAGUUGCAUAUUUUGUUGUUAGGAAAUGCCUACUUAAGAUUGAAACGUUCUAAGAGUGGAAGAAUAAACUCAUUGUUUACACAUCAGAUUCACCAAAUUAAUUUAAAAAUUCUUUUCGAUGUGCUUCGUUGAAUAUGCUUUCAUUGGGUUGUACUGGCCCGAAAAUGCAAAUUUUCACUGGUUGUGAGAUGAAGAUUCAGCAAAUACGAGGUUGUAUAACAAGAUGUAUAAAACUUACUCGCAUGGGCAAUAGGCUGCAGGCUCUUUUCACACACACACACACACACACACACCAAAGAAAAAAAACAGUGAAAUGCUUGAAUGUCUCAGAUUGUGUUCGUGACAGAUGGUUCAAUAAUAUCACAUCAUUAUCAGGGUAACUGGUUGGACUAAACAUGUCUAUGCAUUGCUUAGUAGUCUUCUCAUUUGUAGGUCAUGUUGGAGAGAGAUACUGGCCGCUCUCGUGGUUUUGGAUUCGUGACAUUUUCUGAUGCACGUGCAACAGAGAUUGCUAUUAGCCAGAUGCAUGAACGUGAGCUGGAUGGAAGAGUCAUUUCAGUGAACAAGGCUGAACCUAAGAUGAGUACUGAUAACACUCGCUAUGAUGGUGGUGGAUACAAGUCCAGUAUUAGAGGAGGCUAUCGUGGUGUUGAUGGGCCGCCACUUGCUGGGCAGUCAGAUGAAUGCUUCAAGUGUGGUCGUCAUGGACAUUGGGCCCGUGAGUGCCCUUCUGGAGGAGGAGGCAGUGAUGGUCGCUUUUCCUCUCGCUCCAAAUUUGGGGGAGGUGGUGGACGAGGGGGACAAGAUCGCUACAACGAUCGCUAUAUUGAUGAUCGCUAUGAUGGUGGCCAUUAUGGGGACCGAGACCGCAUAGACAGCAGGGACAGCCGUUAUGGUGGUGGUCGUGAUCGAUAUGGGCCUACUGGGGAUCACUUUUCAGGUGAUAGAUAUAAAGGGGGACCGGACAAUUACCUGCACAAUGGAUACAACAGGGAGAGAAGCUAUGAGAGGGAUGGCCCUCGCAUUGGUAGUUAUGAAAGAGAUGGGGGGCCAAGAGGUGGUGGUGUCUAUGACAAGGAAGGAUCACGCGGUGGUGGAAGUGAUAGAUAUGGAACUGGUGGGCCUUCUCGUUACAAUGGCGGUGGAAGUUUCAGGGAAAGGCCUGGGCCUUAUGAUCGUCCUGGUAGGGGUGGACGCCCAUCAUCCUACGAUGUUCGCUAUUAAUGCUCCUGGUGGUUUACUAGUUAAAUCUCUGAUCCUCUUCCCUAGCAUGCGAAACAAUGCAGUUGUUUUUGUUAACUCUCUGUAGCAACCUUGGAAACUUUCUUUGCAACAUGUAGCUUAUGGAUGAUUGUGCUUCAUCUGCACUAGUUGUAGCCAGCAGUUGCUUUUAAUAUGAUUUCUAUCUGGACCUUGCUAGUUUCA